AUGGAUGCAGCAGAGAUGAGUGCAGUAGAUAGACUAUCAAACCUUCCCAUAAAUGUCAUCCAAAAUAUCAUAGGAUGCAUGCCCAUUCGAGAUGCGGCAAGAACGAGUAUUUUGUCGAGCAAAUGGAGAUAUGUUUGGGCUGAAUAUCCAGAGCUUGUUCUUGACAAGCAAUUCUACACGGAGAUGGUGCGAAGCAAAUCACCGAUCCUCUUCCAGUCCGAAUAUGGAAACAUAGUCAAUGGAAUACUUUUUCAACACCUUGGACCCAUUCUGAAAUUUGGUCUUGACAUUCCAGAAUUGCAGUCAUCUCGAUACUCCAAUAUUGAUCAGUGGUUGCUAUUUGUGUCAAGAAAGGAUGUCACAAAACUCAUUCUUCAUAACAGAAGUCCUAAUCGUUACAAAGUACCAUCUUAUGCAUUCAGUUGUCCAAAACUUGCUGAUCUAAAUGUGACUGGGUGUAUUUUCAGUGCACCAAAGGGCUUAGAUGGCUGCAGAAAGCUCACUUACCUUUUUCUGACAUCAGUCGCCUUCGAGUUCUCAAGUAAUCGGAUCAAAUCUGACGAGAAAACACUCCAGCACUUGAAAGAACCAGGUCUGAUGAAGGAAAGUUUGAAUGGACUCAAGACUGUGAUCAUUAGAAACUUUAAGGGUUCAACAGCUGAACUGCUUCUUGUUAAGCUUUUAUUAGCCUGCUCCCCGUCACUUGAAAGAAUGUGUAUUCAAGAGAACCAAGGCCUUGACCCAAUUGAAAGGUUGAACAUAUCAAAGGAGUUGAUGCAGUUUUCACGAGCAUCGCCCAAAGCAGAAAUGUUUUUCCGACCAUUUGGUUUUGAUUUCCAUUGA